CUCACAAGUCAACAUGCUCACUGCUGCCAUGUGGAGCGCUGCCAUUGGCCUAGCUUCCGUGCUUGCCACUGCCUCCCACAAAGUCACGACCCUCCCGGGCUACAAUGACGCCAAGCCCAUCAACUUUGAUCAGUAUGCCGGCCACAUUCCGCUGCCCAGCAACGGCCAAAACAUGUUUUACUGGCUCGUGGAGUCCGAGUCCAAUCCGUCGACGGACCCGCUCGUGCUGUGGCUCAAUGGCGGCCCUGGCUGCUCGUCUCUCGGUGGCCUCUUCACCGAGUUGGGUCCAUUUGUCGUCCAGAGUGACUUGAGCGUCAAGCGUAAUCCGUACGCGUGGAACCGCAAGACCAACAUGGUGUUCUUGGAGUCUCCAGCGGGAGUCGGCUUCAGCCAACCUGUCCUGAAUGACACCGACUACAACGACAACUUUACCACCGACCGAGCGUACGAGUUCUUGGUCGAGUUCUACGCAAAGUACCCUCGAUACAAGAACCGCGAGUUUUACAUCACGGGCGAGAGCUACGCAGGGAUUUACAUUCCGUUCCUUGUGCACAAACUGGUCCAAGAGCCCAUUUCGAAUGUGAAAUUGAAGGGAUUUGCCAUUGGAAAUCCGUUUACCGACAGCGCCUCGGAUGCUGGCUCGUACAUUGACUACUUUUACUCACACGCGUUGAUUUCGCUGGAAGCGUUCGAAGAAGCGGCGGUUGUAUGCCCUGGCAACUCGAUUUCGCAAUGCAUGAAUGGAGGCCCCAACUGCACCCAAGCGUGCGCCGACUACUUUAUGGACGUGUAUACCUCGUCCAGCUUAGCCAACCCGCAAGCAUUGAACCCAUACAACAUCUACGGUGAUGUGUGUCUGUUGGGCGAAGGCCAAUCUGGCGCUCUGCAUUACCAUAAUAUUCGCGCGUCGAGUCAUCGGGGGGCGUACGUGCCGUGUCAGGAUGACUACACCCAACGGUACCUGCAGCAGCCAGCUGUUGUACGAGCCCUGAACCUCGAGAGUACGACUACUAGUAGUACUACUACCACCCAAGUAGUAGUGCCCUGGUCAGCGUGCAAUUUUGACAUUGCCAAAAAUUACCACCGGACUCCAUCUACCCUGGACAAGUACCCCGUUAUCCUCGAGGCUGGGUUGAAAGCGCUUAUUUACAGCGGGGACGCUGACUCGGUGGUUAACUUUAUCGGUACCCAGCGGUGGCUCACCAAGGGACUCAAGCUUUCCGUGCAAGACAAGUGGAAAGCCUGGUUUGGCCCGGAUAAGCAACUGGCGGGGUACACUGAACGGUACACCAACUUGACCUUUACAACCAUCAAGGGCGCGGGCCACAUGGUGCCAGCCACAAGACCGCUGCAUGCAUUGUACCUGUUUGAGUGUUUUGUGUACGGUCAAGUGGCCUGUGACUCGUUUGCGUACCCCAAGGACGAACUCGAGUACUUGAGUGGCGCCGACUUGACUGCUCCCAGUGACAUCGAUAAACAACCUGAACAACGAUCUAACCAGAGUUUGCUAUGGGCGGCGCUGGGACUGGUCGUGGCGGCGGCGGCGGGUGUGGCGGGCACCGUGCUGUACUUGAACCGAUCCAACAAGGCGACUCAGUAUGUGGAGCUCACAGCUGGACAACCCAAGCCCGUGUACUCCAACUAGUUACAGUAGAUUGAUUGAGUAGAUUGAGUGUGCAUGUCGAAUAAUCAAAUGGUGCCUUGUGUACCGAAUAAUGUUAGUGUAAAGUUUUGUGAUA